UUAAAUUUGGUCCAAACACUAACAACGACCUAGAACACUACUGCUAAAUAGGGCCAGAAAAUACGGAGUAUCAUUUUUUCCAACAUAAAAAAAAAUAAAUAAAUAGUCCUAGUCGGUAAGAAAGGACGAUUAAAUAUCCCACUUUAUUUGGGAACUUCAUUCCCUCAACAUGGAAAGUCCACCAUUUUGACAUUUUUUAAACCUGAAGAAGAUGAAGCAGUUGUCGUGCACCCUUAACUUUGAUCCUACUUACGACAUCGCCUUCAAAGUCGCUUCUAUUUUACCGGUUCGAGAUGUUUGUGCUCUUGGAAGUUGCUCGAAAUUCUGGAGGGAAUUAUGUGGAGCGGAUCAAUUAUGGGUUUUGCUGACUCAAGGGAGAUGGCCUUCCCUUAAUUUAUCUGAUCAUUCGUUAAUCUCUGAUAAUUCAAUUUCUGAAUCAUACAUAAAGGGUUGGAAGAAUUUCUAUGUCAAAAGACACCGUGAGUUGGGAAGCAGAAUUGUGAAAUUUGUGGAGCAAUUUUCCUUCUCUGUUUCACUGGAGGUUCAUGACUAUCUCAAAGCAAUUGAAGAGCUCCGUUCAAUGCAGGUGGAAUUUAUGGAUGUGCAGAUGUUUCUGUUCAGGCAAGAGCUGAAUGUGUUUCUGAACUUGGUAGGAUUACACUAUUGUGUCAACUGGCUUGGAGUGCCGCUGCAAUAUGUUAAGGAUGCCCUUCAAUGCUCCGACAUAUCUGAGAGACAAGUUUCAAUAAAAUGGUGGAAAGUAGGACAAUGGUCUAACGGGUUUCGCUUGCGAGAUGAAUCUCAUUAUCGUGUGGUAUCGUUGGCCAACCUUGCUACAAACACACAAGAAGAUGUUCUGGGGGUGCUAUCUAGAGGAGCUGUCUAUGAGGUGAUACGCGUCCAGAUAUCUUCAGCACAUCCACUAUCUGUUACCUGGACAUCCCAGAGCCGGAUGUUGCUUGAGCGUGCACAAUAAGCUUGUUGCCUUCUGUGUGUUUUUAUAUGUUUAUAAUGAUUAUGCAAAUGCUCUUGUAUAUUAAUGAUCAUGCUGGAGAUGUGGUCUGAGAGCAAUACCACAUCCUCUCAAAGCAGGAAAGCAGCAUCACUAAUUCACUAUUAUGGUGCAUUUAGAAAAUGUAUAAAAAUGUAUGACAUGACAUUUGUGUUAAAUUUUAAUUGAGCUCACUGUAUAUGCUUGUAUAUCAUUGAUUUUUA